AUGAGCUUAGAAGAAUGUUACAAUGCGACUCAAACCUUCGCAAAGGUAGCAUUGCAUAAGCAAAAGUCUUCAGAUUAUAUGGACGCGAUUGUGUUGUUUGAGAAAGCCAAACAAAAUAUACUCGACAAUCCCAGCUUUCAAUUUUGCCAAGAUACUAUCGAAGAUUUGAACCAAGAAGAACGAAAGUACGCAGAGGCACUUAUUUGCAUGUUGGAACAAUUCACAACGCAAGUUGACCAAUUAAGAAAUGAGAUUGUGCUACAAGAAGCUGCCUUCCAACAACUCAAAAAUCCUCAGCCAGUCAACUAUGCACCGUAUAAAGAAGAAGAAAGGCCUGCGAAGUAUCGACCGAAAGGAAGUCGGGAGAGACGAGGUUCGGCCACAGGGACCAUGCAAAGCAAUGCUAGUUCCUCUAGCCAACUUUUAGUUACCCCGGCCAGCACGAUAUGCCGUACAUCAUUGCGCCCAACUCCCCCAGAAACAGAAGGAAAUAGCCCACCAAAAUUCACAAAGUCCUCCAAGAUAAAAAGUGUUAUCUUUGGUAACAAAUUCCUCUCAUCACCCAAACCCUCUAAACCCAUCAACCCUCCAUCAGAAGAGUCACGACUGAAAAACGCGAAUAAAGCUGCGCUACUUGCUUGGGGACUACUUUCUCCUUCCAAGAAGACAGAUCAUCCAUUACCACCUUCUUACAUUGCUUCGAGUGCCGCCUACAAGCCACAUAAUCCUCAAAUUGAAGGGCACCAUACUUAUCCUCCAGCUCGUUCGUUUGAAAGUGCUCGUCCCCAGCCGCAGUCUUCUCAUCUUCCCUCUACCACCUCAUCAAGUAAUACAAAGCAAAAGAGUAAUUUGUCGAAGCUAAGCCCCUCAGAGACUUCAGAAUCAAUUGCGAUUCCGAAGAACUAUCAUGGAUCUCCAUCUCCGUCGGGUCCUGCAUCAAAGCUACCUAUUCAACUUUCCUCUUCAAGUUCCACUACAAACACACUCGCAAAGACGGACCCCGCUUCUUUUGAAGUCCCUGAAUUUCAACUAUCAUCUUCUUCUCCUUCUUUUGUGCAUCCGGCCAACUUUAACAAUCCUUUUUUAAGACAAUUGUUAUCUCCUUCGGAGCUCUCACUUUCAUCCGUUAAUGACAGCAUGUCUUCCCGUAGUGUCAACGACGGAUGGGACAUUUCUUCUUCCACAGAAAAAGUUGCGAAUGCAAACAUGAGUCCAUUUUCAGAAACACAGACUGUUAAAAGCAGAGAAGAGCAAGUACUCCAUGAAUGUCCAGAAAUUGAGGAGGAAUUAGGAAGGAAUAUUCUAAGAGAAAUUGUAGUUAAAGGAGACGAAGUACUCUGGGAUGACAUUGCCGGCUUAAAUGCGGCGAAGGAGUCUUUGAAGGAGGCAGUCGUAUACCCCUUUUUGCGACCAGAUUUGUUUCAGGGUCUUCGUGAACCAGCUCGUGGUAUGCUUCUUUUCGGUCCUCCAGGAACAGGGAAAACAAUGCUAGCUCGUGCGGUAGCGACCGAAUCGAAAUCUACCUUUUUUUCAAUAUCGGCAUCAAGUUUGACAUCCAAAUUUUUGGGAGAAUCGGAAAAAUUGGUUCGAGCUCUAUUUACGUUAGCAAAAAAGCUAUCUCCUAGUAUAAUCUUCGUAGAUGAAAUCGAUUCGCUAUUAUCGGCUAGGAGUGCUGAUGGAAAUGAGCAUGAAAGCUCGAGACGAAUCAAAACGGAAUUCCUAAUCCAGUGGUCUUCGCUUGCAAGAGCUGCUGCUUCCAGAGAAUCAGCCGAUCAACCAAGAGUUUUAGUUCUUGCAGCCACAAAUGUACCAUGGUCAAUUGAUGAGGCUGCUCGCAGAAGAUUUGUUCGCCGAACCUAUAUUCCUUUACCUGACGAAACGGGACGACGAGUUCAUAUCAAAAAUCUUUUGCAACACCAAAAGCAUUACCUGACGGAUGAGGACAUCGAACAUAUUAUUCAAGCUACCAAAUUUUACUCUGGAUCUGAUUUAACAGCUUUGGCCAAAGACGCAGCUAUGGGUCCAUUGCGAGCUUUGGGAGAAUCGCUGUUAUUCACAAAGAUGGAAUUAAUUCGUCCAAUUAAUCUUCAAGACUUCCUGCAGAGUCUUAGAGUAAUUAGACCUAGUGUGAAUUUGGACGGAUUGGAACGAUAUGAUCGGUGGAAUACAGAAUAUGGGCAGCAAGCAUAA